UAAAUUGAGCCCUUCGCCCAUCAAUUGUAACAAUCACACCUAGAUGGCACUGUUCUCAAUCGCCUACAUUUAGGCGUCUGUUUUGUUUACACUCUUCAAACGUCAUGUUGCUCUCAUACGUCUUAAUACAACGUAAAUGGUUUGAGAAAAAUUUGUACAAAAAGGAAAACUAAUGACAUAAUACGGAAAUUCACGUAAAACAUAGCUAUUUUACAUAUUUUUUAAAAUAUGCAUUUACCGCAACUGUCAAACUGAUUCAAAAUGGCGACACACGUAAAGCUAGCACGAGAUGCUUUCAAAACAUUUCAAUGUCAUUCUGUGCCACAAACACGUAGCUGAUGAAAUCACAAUCUUCACCGGCAUUAUCAAUCUAGCAAUUGUAAACUAAAUCGAAUAAGGGCAUAGACGAAUCAGUUGAUGAAGGCUUGGAACACCCCGGUCUAACUAUGCCACACAUUGAGCUAGUACCCGAUCGGAAGUUGUUGAAAACGAAUUUCGAUGGGUACAUACUGUCACUCGAGCCGGUACCGGUUCUCACGACGGAUUUCACCUCCACCAAUCGGCCGCAUCGUGUGAAACCAACCGAGCAGCAAUAUUCAUACUACCAUGCACGGCUUUUCGGAAUGCAGAAUCACCUUGUGCGGGAUCCAUGGGCAAAUGGGCAGUGUUACUACAUCGAUGUGACCGGUAUGGUACAGCGCGUAUCUUACGACACUAGCCUUGGACGGAUGCGUCCACUUGUGGCGAUGUUUAAGCUACCGUUGCCGACGUCUGAUGAGAGCGAAGAUGAUGCAAUCGCCAUUCACCGAUAUAACUGUUCGUUGGUGUUUCCUUCCGAGCAGCUGUGCCUUCUAUCGGAUGGAUGCGGUACCGUACGUGUACUGGAAACAGGUGACAGAACAACUGGCCGCGAGUGGAAGUUACAGAGCACGUUUAAACCGUCUGAGAUUAAUCUCACUGAAGGUGUACUCCCUGGUGGUGGUGUUUUGCUUGAUGGGCGAUUUCUCGUACGCGAUGGCAAGCGUACGCUACACUUGGUAAUGCUUCAGAUCGACCAUCAACCCGUUGGUAAAUCCAAAUCGCUUCUACAUUGGUUCACGCUGGAACAGUCCGCAUCACCGGUGUGGACUGUUAGUGUUUCACGAACGCUACAAAGUGACGGUUAUCCGAGAUACUGUGCAUUGGAUUACCAUGCAACCGCGCUGCUGGUGGCGUGCGAUGAACCAUUUCGUUUCACACACGACUCGGAACAUCCCGUCAUUGUGCCGGAACCGCAAACGUUGCCCACGGAGGGAGAAGAAAAGCCCGUCUGGGAACAGUUUCCCUUUCGGUGGACGCAAACGUUGGAAGAAGUGAACAUUACGUUCGAUAAACAUCCUGAUGUUCAGUAUCGCGUAUUGACCGAACCAUCCUCACCCACAAACGAACCCUGCCUGAAGGUGUUUGCUAACGGUGUGCUUGUGAUAGACGGAACGCAAUUGUGCUCAAAGGUGGACCAUGAGCGUACAACUUGGGCGAUGGAUCGAAAGACGCUGGAAAUUACACUCCAGAAACAAAUAACCGGUGUUGGAUGGCCGUUUAUAGUGUCCGGAGGACCGGAUGAAACUUUACCCGAAGCUACAGAUGAUCGUACAGAGCUGUCCGAUUUACCACCCGCCACGAAUUUAAGCGCACCACUCGAAUCGUGUGAUUUUGAAGGUGAACAGGAAACUUAUUACACACUCGAGCGGCUUUCCUGCAUCAACCACACGGUAACGCACACCGUUUCGCUUGGCAGUGGUCCACCACUUUUCACCGUAAAUUUACGGCCCGGACUUCCAGCGACCUUCGCCUUACGGCACGAUGUCGAUGCCUGUCUGUGGCAGUUACAACCGGUCGCCUUUGGAACAGAGGACUGUCGGUUCCAGCACGAAGGUACGCUGCAUGCAUUCGGCUACGUACAAGCAUCGAAACGCCAGCAGAAAUAUCUUGCAUGUCCACCCAGCAUGGGAUACGCAGUGAUCAGUGAGUCGCACCGUGGCAUUUACCUCUACAGAAGUAGUCUCGGUGCGAGCGGUGCCGGUUUGCGCAAUCGUAACGGAAUGCAGGUAGCGAUUGGACAGCAUCAGUUCGUUAGCCUCAAGGAUUCUGGCGAAGUGUUGGGUAUUAGCUGCGAGGAUGAAAUAUUGAUGUUGCUUACAGAGAAGGGCAUUCUAGCGUUGCAGAUUGCUACCGGGUAGAACGUGGGGGAGAAAUGUGGCGCAGUUCCAAUUGUAUUUUUUUUUGUUUUUGUCACGAAACACUUUCCAGAAUAGGCUGUUACAGCUGAAUAAAUCAAAAUCAAUUUAA